UAAUAAUGAAUAAUCCAGAAAAAAAAAAAACAAAAAAAAAAAAAUUAGGGGGUUUCUUAUGAUUUUCAAAUCGUUUAUACCGAGUAAUCUAAUAUCCUUAUUCAUGAGGAUAAUCAAUUCAGUCCUGUCAGUCCUUGUGGUCGGACUCUAUUAUGGAUUUCUGACCACAUUAUCCCUAGGUCCCUCUUAUCUCCUCCUUGUACAAACUUGGGUUAUGGAACAAGGAGAAGAAGGAAACGAGAAGAGGGCAGCAGCAACAACUGGCUUUCUUAUGGGACAGCUCAUGCUGUUCAUAUCGAUCUACUAUGAGCCUCUGCAUUUAGCAUUGAUUAGACCUCAUCUACUAAAUGUCCUAGUUCUACCGUAUCUUUGGUUUUAUUACUUCUGGAACAAUGACAAAGACUAUUUUGAUUUUUUUGAUUAUUAUGCAGGAGAGACUGCCGGAAAUUCAAUGCGUAAUCUUAGGAUUCAAUGUGUAUUCCUGCAUAAUUUAAUUUUUCAAUUAGUCAACCAUUUCAUUUUACCAAGUCCAAUGUUAGCCAGAUUAGUCAACAUUUAUAUGUUUCGAUACAACACCAAUAUGUUAUUUGUAAUAAGUAGUUUUGUUGGUUUUUUAAUUGGUCAUAUUUUAUUAAUGAAAUGGGUUGGAUUGGUAUUAGUCUGGAUACAAAAAAUUUUAUUAAUGAAAUGGGUUGGAGUGGUAUUAGCCUGGAUACAAAAAAGGACUUUUCUUAGGUAUUAUAUAGUUAUUCGAUCUAAUAGGCAUCUUAUAUUCGAACUUACAAAGUCUAUUCCUCGAAUCUUUACUCUUCUCUUUUUUAUUACCUGUCUUUACUCUAUAGGUAGAAAACCGUCACACAUGCUGACUAAGAAACUGACAGGAAUUCAUCAAAGCCGAAGAAAAGGGCAGGAAUUGGAGGAAUUGAAGGAAUUGGAGGAAAGGGAGGAAGAAACAAACAUAGAAAUAGAAACUAUUUCCAAAGGGGGGGAGGAACAGGUAUCCACCAAAGAAAAUCUUUCUUAUUACCCUUUUUCGAAAGAGACCGACUAUAAAAAUAGCCCAGUUUAUGAAACUUCUUAUCUGGAUGGGAAUCAGGAAAAUUCGAAGUUAGAAAUAAUAUCAGAAAAAAAAGAAUAUAAAAAAUUAUUAUGGUUUGAAAAACCUCUUGUGACGCUUAUUUUUGAUUAUAAACAACGGAAUCGACCUUGGCGAUAUAUAAAAAAUAAUCGGUUUGACAAUGCUCUAAAAAAUGAAAUGUCACAAUAUUUUUUUUAUACAUGUCGAAGUGAUGGAAAAGAAAAAAUCUCUUUUACAUAUCCACCUAGUUUAGCAGCUUUUGGAGAAAUGGUACAAAAACAAAUAGAUUUUUUCACACCAGAAGAAUUGUUUUCUGACGAAUCGUAUACUGAUUGGAGUUUUAUCAAUGAACUAAAAAGAAUAAAUUUAAGUAAGGAGUUUAUAAAGAGAGUCGAAUAUUUAGAUAAGGAAUAUUUAUAUAAGGAAUCUUUUGAUCUGGGCAUACUUGAAAAAAGGACUCGAUUUUCUAAUUAUGAAACUAAUGAAGAAACUAAUAAUGAAACUAAUAAUGAAACUAAUAAUGAAACUAAUAAUGAAGAAACUACUACUGAAACUAAUAAUGAAACUAAUAAUGAAACUAAUAAUGAAACUAAUAAUGAAACUAAUAAUGAAACUAAAAGAAAUAAUGAAAUUAAAAGAAAUAAUGAAACUAAUAAUGAAACUAAUAAUGAAACUAAUAAUGAAACUAAAAGAAAUAAUGAAACUAAAAGAAAUAAUGAAACUAAAAGAAAUAAUGAAACUAAUAAUGAAACUAAUAAUGAAACUAAUAAUGAAACUAAAAUAAAAUACUUGCCUAAAAUAUAUGAUCCUUUCUUGCAGGGACCCUACCGCGGAAGAAUCAAAAAAUUGUUUUCACCUUUAAGUGAAAAAACAAACACGGAUCCGUUUUGGAUAAAUAAGAUUCAUGUUAUACUUCUUGCUACUGAUUAUUACGAAUUUGAACAGACAAUAGAUACACUCAAAUCAUUAUCAACAGAAAAAGAACUUUCUUUAUUGACAGAAACAGAAGAUGAACAGACAAUAGAUACACUCAAAUCAUUAUCAACAGAAAAAGAACUUUCUUUAUUGACAGAAACAGAAGAUGAACAGACAAUAGAUACACUCAAAUCAUUAUCAACAGAAAAAGAACUUUCUUUAUUGACAGAAACAGAAGAUGAACAGACAAUAGAUACACUCAAAUCAUUAUCAACAGAAAAAGAACUUUCUUUAUUGACAGAAACAGAAGAUGAACAGACAAUAGAUACACUCAAAUCAUUAUCAACAGAAAAAGAACUUUCUUUAUUGACAGAAACAGAAGAUGAACAGACAAUAGAUACACUCAAAUCAUUAUCAACAGAAAAAGAACUUUCUUUAUUGACAGAAACAGAAGAUGAACAGGGAAAUAUCGAUUCCGAGGAUCGAGUCAAAAUUUUGAAAUUUUUAUGCAAUAUAGUUAUAACUAAUCCCGACAAUCAAACAAUUAUAAAAAAAUCUAAUGGAAUAAAAGAAAUAAGUAAUGGAAUAAAAGAAAUAAGUAAAGAAGUUCCUCGAUGGUCAUACAAACUACUCGACAUUUUCGAACAACACCAUAGAGGAGGCGAGGAACACAUGAUAACAGAUUAUGCAAUUCGUUCAAGAAUCUUCCGGUACGCAAUAGUUUUUUCUAAGGAGGAGUUAAAGGAUGAUUUUUUUCUACCAAACGAUAUAGAAAACGACCUAUCUUUGAUGGAAUAUUCGCCAGAACCGAAUUUUCGUCGAGACAUAAUAAAAGGUGCCGUGCGUGCCCAAAGACGUAAAAUAAUUAAUGGGGAACUGUUUCAAUCAAAUGUGCAUUCCCCACUUUUUUUUGACAGAGUAGACAGCCUCUUCUUCAGAGUGUUCAGAUCUUUGUAUUCUGAUAUUUCUUGGCUGAUAAAACUAAUAUCUCGAAAUUGGAUAUGGAAAAACAAAGAAUCACAAAUUUCUGAUUAUACAGAAAAUGAGGAGGACAUAAGAGAAGAAGACGAAGAGAUAAGAGAAAGCAUAGAAAAGAUACAAGAAAGAGACAAAGAGGAAGAAAAAAGAAGAGAAAGCAUAGAAGAGAUACAAAAAGGAGACAAAAAAGAGAAAGAAAAAAGAAGACAAGAGUCAGAGGCAGAUGACUUCCUGCUGGACGCAGCAGAAUUUUGGGAUAUCGUCUUUUUUGGUCAAGGACCAAGGGGCAUCAUGUUAAUAGCCCAAUCGAUUUUUAGAAAAUAUAUUCUAUUACCUUCAUUGAUAAUAGCUAAAAACAUUGUCCGUAUAUUAUUAUUUCAAAUUCCUGAGUGGUCCACGGAUUUCAAGGGUUGGAAGCGAGAAAUACAUGUUAAAUGCACUUAUAAUGGUCUUCAAUUCUCCACAAAAGACUUUCCAAAAAAUUGGUUAUCAGAAGGUAUCCAGAUCAAGAUCCUAUAUCCUUUUCGCCUGAAACCUUGGCGCGGAUCUAAACUGAAACCCUCUCAUAAAGAUCCAAUGAAAAAAAAGCAUAAAGAUCCAAUGAAAAAAAAGCAUAAAGAUCCAAUGAAAAAAAAGAAAGUUAAAAAGAAUGAUUUUUGCUUUUUAACAGCUUGUGGACUGGAAAGUGACUUACCUUGCGGUCCUCCUCGAAGACGGCCUUCGUUUUUUCAGCCUAUUUUUAACGAACUAGAAAAAAAAAGUGAAAAAUGGAAAAUUUUUAAAAAAGGAAAAAAAUUGUUUCGAAAAGUCUCAGGAGAAACAAAAAUUCCAUUUGUAAAGGGAAUAAUAAAAAAACUUUCAAAAAGAAAUCCAGUUUUGGAGUUGAGAGAAGAAUUGGGCGAAACUAAAAAAGAUUUGGGCGAAACUAAAAAAGAUUCGAUAAUCAGUAAUAAG